AUGAGAAGUCCUUGGUACAAGAGUGUUUCCUCGGUUUUUGGUCUCAGACCACGGAUCAGAGGGUUGCUUUUCGUCGUUGUCGGUGUUGUGGCUCUACUUACUAUAUUAGCACCAUUGACAUCGAAUACAUAUGAUUCUUCUGCUGCUUCGUCGCUUGUCCCCAACAUUUAUAGUAACUAUAGGAGGAUAAAGGAGCAAGCUGCUGUUGAUUAUUUGGAUUUAAGGUCUCUCUCUUUAGGUGCUAGUCUAAAAGAGUUUCCUUUGUGUGGUAAAGAAAGAGAAAGCUAUGUGCCUUGUUAUAACGUAACCGGAAAUUUGCUUGCUGGGCUUCAAGAGGGUGAUGAGUUAGAUCGACAUUGCGAGUUUGAAAGAGAAAAGGAAAGAUGUGUUGUUCGUCCUCCAAGAGAUUAUAAAAUACCGCUUAGGUGGCCACUUGGUAGAGAUAUUAUAUGGAGUGGGAACGUGAAGAUAACCAAAGACCAGUUUCUUUCGUCAGGAACCGUGACAACGAGAUUAAUGUUGCUUGAAGAGAAUCAAAUUACCUUUCACUCAGAGGAUGGCCUGGUCUUUGAUGGGGUCAAAGACUAUGCGCGUCAAAUUGCUGAGAUGAUAGGCUUAGGAAGUGAUACUGAAUUUGCUCAAGCGGGUGUACGGACUGUGUUAGACAUCGGUUGCGGCUUUGGAAGCUUUGGUGCACAUCUUGUGUCUUUGAAACUGAUGCCUAUAUGCAUUGCUGAGUAUGAGGCAUCUGGGAGCCAAGUCCAGUUAGCUCUAGAGAGAGGCCUUCCUGCAAUGAUUGGCAAUUUCUUUUCAAAACAGCUUCCUUACCCAGCAUUGUCUUUUGACAUGGUCCAUUGUGCUCAGUGUGGCAUUACUUGGGAUAUCAAAGAUGCAAUGCUACUUUUGGAAGUGGAUCGUGUUUUGAAACCCGGAGGCUACUUUGUUUUAACUUCUCCUACAAACAAAGCACAGGGAAACUUACCAGAUACUAAGAAAACGAGCAUCUCAACACGGGUUGAUGAGUUAUCUAAGAAAAUCUGCUGGAGUCUAACAGCUCAGCAGGACGAGACGUUUCUUUGGCAGAAAACUGCAAAAUCAAAUUGCUAUUCUUCUCGUUCGCCAGCUUCUAUUCCUGUUUGCAAAGAUGGAGAUAGUGUUCCGUAUUACCACCCACUGGUUCCAUGUAUAAGCGGAACCACGAGCAAACGUUGGAUUCCUAUUCAGAAUAGGUCUGCUGUUGCAGGAACAACAUCUGCUCUCGAAAUUCAUGGAAAAAACUACUGGUCCUUGCUUACACCUCUGAUAUUCUCUGACCAUCCAAAGAGACCUGGUGAUGAAGAUCCUCUCCCGCCGUUUAACAUGAUACGCAAUGUGAUGGACAUGAAUGCUCGUUUUGGUAAUUUAAAUUCUGCUUUACUCGACGAAAGAAAAUCCGCUUGGGUGAUGAACGUCGUCCCUGUCAAUGCACGUAAUACUCUUCCUAUCAUACUUGAUCGUGGUUUCGCCGGUGUUCUACAUGACUGGUGUGAACCAUUCCCAACAUAUCCCCGAACAUAUGACAUGCUUCAUGCAAAUGAACUUCUCACACAUCUUAGCUCCGAACGGUGCAGCCUAAUGGACUUAUUCUUGGAGAUGGAUCGAAUUCUUCGCCCCGAGGGAUGGGUUGUUCUAAGCGACAAAUUAGGAGUAAUCGAGAUGGCUCGUGCACUUGCAGCUCGAGUGCGGUGGGAAGCACGAGUAAUCGAUCUUCAAGAUGGUAGUGACCAAAGACUUCUUGUCUGUCAAAAACCAUUUCUCAAAAAAUAA